AUGGGACUUCAGUGGUGUAUCACCAUCAGCUAUCUUGUAGCUUCAGAUAAGGCUUCAGCAGACAUGACAGGAAGAAAUGGAGCUUUUGGUCUAGCACCAGAUGUGCUUACAGUGCCCUCAAGCAGCCUGUGGCUUCCCUGGUGCUUCGCUGGUGCUGCUGAGACAGCUGUUGUCAUCUGCUGCAGCUCUUUACUGCCUGACAUAUUUCUUUCCUCUUCAGCUUCUGAGUACCUUCUAAAGAAAUCAAACUGGGACGUUUGUAUUUCCUUGCUGUUGACGAGGGAGAAGCGUUGGGGGAGCAGUAGUGAGUUCCUAACUGCUCUCUGUUAGAACGUGCUUCAGCUGGGCUGUUCUGUGGAAGCUAAGUCAUCAGAACAGCUUCAUAUUUAUUUUAAGUGUUUAAUUGUUGAGCAGGCUCUGACAGGAGCAAGAAUGCUCAGGAUGCCCAGCUGCCUACGAAGAGUGACCAAGGUGGUGCUGAACCACAGGCUCAGGGCUCUCUUUAUCCUUGCCCUUAAGUUAAUGUCCUUUACCUCCAUCAUGUUGUACUGGAGAAUUUCGGAGGACCCGAAGAACAGAGACCAGGUCUACAGCUUUCCUGUUGAAAUCCGCUGUACUCAGUCUGUGCCUUCUCCACCCUGUUGCCCAACCCUUGUUGGUGGGGCCCCUUCUUCCUCAGGAGAUGUGUUUUUUGUGGAGACCUCGGAGCGAACUAACCCAAGUUACCUGUUCAUGUGCUCUGUGGAGUCGGCAGCCCGGGCGCACCCUGGGACAAGGGUCGUGGUGCUCAUGAAAGGUUUGGCAGAUGGGAAUGCCUCGUUACCCAACCACUGGGGCUUCUCAUUGCUGAGCUGCUUCCCCAACGUGGAAAUCCGGCCCUUGGACUUGGCAGAGCUUUUUUCUGGAACACCUCUGGCAAAGUGGUACUUGGAGGCUCAGCAGCGCUGGGAGCCUUAUUUCUUACCCGUCCUGUCUGAUGCCUGCAGAAUUGUCAUCAUGUGGAAAUUUGGUGGCAUCUACCUGGACACAGACUUCAUUGUGCUUAAGAACUUAAAGAACCUGACCAAUGUGCUUGGUACCCAGUCCAAGUACGUACUGAAUGGGGCCUUUCUGUCCUUUAAGCCGAAACACGAAUUCAUGGAGCUUUGCAUGAAGGACUUUGUGGAGAACUACAACAGCUGGAUCUGGGGGCACCAAGGCCCACAGCUCCUUACACGUGUCUUCAAGAAGUGGUGCUCCAUCAGGAGCCUUCGUAGCAGUACGAGCUGCAAAGGAGUGAGUGCUCUGCCCCGUGAGGCUUUCUAUCCCAUUCGGUGGCAGGACUGGAAGAAAUAUUUUGAGGUGAUCAGCUCCUCGGAGCUUCAGCACCUCUUUAAUAACACCUAUGCAGUUCAUGUAUGGAACAAACUGAGCCAAGGGACAAGGCUAGAGAUCACAUCCCAGGCUUUGCUGGCUCAGCUGCAUUCUCAUUUCUGCCCUGCCACAUACGAUGUCAUGAAAAAAGACUCUGAAAGGCAGUGA